AUGUUGGGAGAAAGGGUAAAAGAUAUAAACGUCUGGUAUAGCUGCGAGGGAAGGUGGGUAAAGAAGCGAGGGAAGAGCCCUCCGGUUGGCGCCUUAUCCUCUGGGGGCCACGGAGCUGGCACUGUUAUGGCUUGUGUGAAGGAAGAGAAUAUCAACCAAGAAUUAAAAGAGAAUGAAACAGAGCACACCAAACAGCUUUCUGAUCCCGACAAAUCUUUAAAGGAUGAGAUUUCACCAAGAAGAAAUGACUUCAUUUCUGUACCAAGUAUUCAACCUUUGGAUGCUAUUUCAGAUUCAGACAGUGAAAACUCUUUCCAGGAAUCCAAACUAGAAAGCCUGAAAGACCUGGAGGAGGAAGAGGAUGAGGAAGUAAGGAGAUAUAUUAUGGAGAAAAUUAUACAAGCUAAUAAGCUUCUACAAAAUCAAGAACCUGUGGAUGAUACAAGGGAGCGAAAACUUAAGUUCAAGGACAAAUUAGUUGAUCUGGAAGUUCCUCCACUAGAAGACACUUAUAAAAAUUAUUUUGAAAAUGAAAGUAAUAUGUCUGGGAAACUAUCACAGUUACGUAUUUCCAGUGAAUUUGCACAAGAAAAUGUGCUCCUGUCACUUACUGAUGGAAGCUGUGAAGAAAAUAAGGAUAGGAAGAUACUGAUGGAGAGAGAUGGAAAGUUUGAACUUCUGAAUUUACAAGACAUUGAGAGUCAGGGAUUUUUACCCCCCAUUAACAAUGCUAAUAGUACAGAAAAUGAACAGUUGUCACCCAGGUUUUCCAACUCAUCUGUCAAUGGUGUCAAGAAAGAAGAUUCUGCAGCAAAAAUUCAUAAUCCCAUAGGCAGGGCCUUUAGAAGUAGUUUUGGUUUAUCAAAAGUAAGCAAAGCUUGUUUUUCUAAUCAGCAGGAAAACAGAGAUCCACAACAAGCUUUUCGAUUAUGGCUUAAAAAAAAGCAUGAAGAACAGAUGAAAGAAAGAAAGACAGAAGAACUAAGAAAGCAAGAGGAAUGCUUAUUCUUCCUUAAAGGAACAGAAGGCCGUGAAAGGGCCUUUAAACAAUGGCUAAGAAAGAAACGGAUAGAGAAAAUCGCAGAGCAACAAGUUGCCAAAGAGAGAACUAGACAGCUUCGACUAGAAGCUAAGCGUUCCAAACAGUUACAGAACCACAUAUAUAUCUCAGAAGCGAAAUCUUUUCGUUUUACUGAUCAUUACUGA